CACGAACAACAGAUGGCGGUGUGCCACACUGAAAGAAGCGGACGUUGAUGACGUCAUUUGGACCGACCCCACCUUCAAAGUUGGGGCCCAGUGGGACAGGGCUACGACUGUUUCCUGGAAUAAAAAGGUUCUGGAUAGUCUGGGGUGGUUUGGUCCCAUAACGAACAUGCACCCACAGGCGGUGUGGAUAUCACCAGAGCUGCACCACACCGAAGCUUUCAUGUGUAGAUUGGAGGUUCAUGAAUAUGUCAUGCUGAUAAACGCCAAGGAGAGCAUUGAAAGCCUCUACAUAGAUGGCAGGAAGUACGGCGGCCUGAUGCACCACUACCAGUCGCAGUUGGUCGAUGUUAUAACCAUGAAGGAGAAUAACACCAUCAUCGCCGCCGAGGUCGUCAAUGAGAAG